UGACCUAUUUGGUUUGGAAGCUAGGGAUUUUGACUGACGUCAACAAGUACUCUGAUCGUCUUUCCAAAUUCAGUCAACUCAAAGUCACGGGGAUUAGCCGAAUGGCGAAGGAGCUGGACGGCUUCCACUUCGAGCAGAACCACGGCAAGGCAAGGGUGAGGAUCGCCAGAGUCUGGAAGGCCGAUGGCGGCGGCGGCGGCGGCGGCGAUCACUCCAUGGUGGAAUGGAGCGUCGAUAUCAUCCUUUUUUCCGACUGCAUCAACGCUUACGUUCGUGACGACAACUCCAACAUCGUCGCCACUGACACCAUGAAAAACACGGUGUAUGUGAAAGCUAAGGAGUGUUCCCGGCAGCUUUCAGCGGAGUUAUUCGCAAUUUUGCUAGCUAAGCACUUUACAGCAUUCUACCCGCAGGUAACAUCAGCAGUUGUUAAGAUAGUGGAGAAGCCAUGGGAACGUGUCAACUUAAAUGGACAACCACAUGAACACGGUUUUAAACUUGGAAACGAGAAACAUACAACGGAGGCUGUAGUCAAGAAGUCUGGUGGGUUGCAGUUGACUUCUGGAAUUGCAGGACUGUCCGUACUGAAAACUACCCAGUCAGGUUUUGAAGGAUUUGUCAGGGACAAGUAUACUGCUCUUCCUGAAACCCGCGAGAGGAUGCUGGCCACAGAAGUUACUGCUAUAUGGAGGUAUUCAUAUGACUCCAUCUCCAGCGUCCCUCAGAAACCUCUCUACUUCAACGAGAGAUAUUUGGACGUGAAGAACGUAGUUCUCAGCACGUUUUUCGGUCCUCCCAAAGAGGGUGUAUAUAGCGCUUCGGUCCAAAGCACUCUUUUCCAAAUAGAGAAGGCCGUACUGCUAAGAUUCCCCGACAUAUCAUCUGUCCGGCUGAAAAUGCCAAACAUCCACUUUUUACCCGUCAAUAUUUCAACCAAGGACAACUCUAUUGUGAAGUUUAACGACGACGUGUAUCUGCCAACUGACGAGCCCCAUGGAUCAAUCGAAGCAACUCUCAGUCGCUUCUGGGCAAGAAUGUAGAAGAAGAUACAACAAGAGCACAUGUCGUCGGUUCGUUCACUCGACGCCUUGUAACAAGCUGCAAUG